AGCAUUAUUGCUAUCGCUACUACUAGUACCCCUAUUACUACGACUCCCACCUUUACUACAAAUACGAUCACCACUGUUACGACUACGACUUCUCUUACGAUUACUUCUACGGCGGCUACUCUUAGUUCUAUUGUCGCUGUUACUGCCCGUAUUGCGAAAAGCAUUACGACGACCAUUACCCCAGCGUCUGCCAUUACGACGAGUUCGACAACUGCUAAGUAUCUAUACCGCGAAGUUUCGGGCGGAAAUGAAGCUCGGCCCUUCGCAGGUGCUAGGGUCACUUGAUGUGUGGGGGCGGAGCGAUGGGAUGGACCACCCCCAGGGCAGCCGACUCACAUCCAUUUCUACUUUGGCAUUGCAACAGAGAUCCAAGUGGAAUAGAUCGGGAGCACGCAAGCGACAUCAGGAACAGCAGCGACACGCAAGCGCUGCCUGCAGCGUGCUUUCAGUGCCCAGCAUUGUGAUCAGGCAGCAGUCCCAUCUUGUCAGCGGACAGACAGACGAUGCUCACCGAGAUCAAGACGAUCAUCGCUAGGACGAUUUCGAGGCUGAGGCUCCAGCGAGGCGAUGCAGCAGCCCUGGAGGACGAUAUCUGCGGCCAGAGAGACGGGUUUGGCAACAUUCAACAGGAUUCUAGCGUUUGCGAGGUCACCGCGCCCGAAGAGCCCAGAGAGCUUGACGUUCGCCAAGAGGCGGCUGAUGACGACAUCGAUCUGGACGAGGCGCCGGCCAGGAACGUAUGCUCUGUGCAUGCGUCGUCGUCCGCACCACCUGCUUGGGGAGGCGCGAAGUCGCUGAUGAUCAGCAAGGAGGAGAAGGCUGAGGAGGAGCAGGAGGAGAAUGACAAACAAGAAGACGAAAAUGCAGCCUCUUCCCGGCCAUCAGAGUGCAUUCCGAAAUUCGCGGACGCGCAUGAGUUCGACGCGGAUGAGUUCGGGUCGCCAUCAGAGGACCAGCAGGGAAGGGAGCUCGGCCGCGGCCAGUACGUGUGGCAGUGGCAGCGCGCCAAGGGCAACUUCUGCAGCUACGCUCCCGCAGUCAACGCGCGCAUCGAGGAUGCAUACCGCCGUGGCUACUCCAAGGUGCGCGUCAAAAGCGGCAAGGGGGGCCAGGUGCCGAUGGAAAUCUUCUUUGUCGACACGGCGCAACUGGACCCCAAGUCUCGCAAUCUCCGCAAGCUGCGCCGGCUAGGUCGGAAGAGCUGGCAGGUCGAGCUAACGCGCCAUGCAAAGGCCGUCGCGAGAUCGGUUUUAUGGGGCGAGCCGCGCGGGGAAUCUGUGAAGAUGUACGGAAUGCGCCAAAGUUCGCUUUUGCGACGUACAGGCAUCAACGUCCACUCUCGUACGAGCGAACGUUCCGGAUCGUUCUUCGAAAAGGCGGACAACGUUUGUAGCCGGAUCGUCAGGAGCACAGUUUAUGCCACGGUUUCGCUGUUCGUCAUGUUGUUGAACGUCGUUUGGAUUGGGAUCAGCGCGGAUUUGUUCGAUCGCGAUGGCAAGCAUUUGUUUCACCCGGAUCGGCACUGGUUGUCCCCUACUGUAGAAUGUAUUUUCAUGGUGUAUUUUCUGGCAGAGCUCAUUGUCGAAAUCACCAGCAUGAAAUACAAGUGGAAAUGGUAUCGUAAUCCGGAUUUGCGCGUUGAUGCAGUGUGUACUAUUACGAUAAUGCUAGAGGUGUUGGUGGUCCCCUGGACGGGAAUCCCAACGCCUGCCUUGCAGAGUUUGCGAUUAAUAAAGUUGGCUAGGUUGGUCAAGCUUACACGCAAAUCUAAAGACGCCGCGAUCGUUUUGAGGGGACUGUUCAGCGGAAUGCGCUCGGCAGCUGUAAUUUGGUUGCUCAUCGCCGUCCUUCUGUACACCUAUAGCGUGCUGCUCACCACGGCAACCACUGACCCUGUUCUGAGGGACAAGUACUUCGGGUCCGUGGGUCAAACAGUCGCGACACUUAUCACCCACGGUAUCGCCCAUGAUGGCGUUGCCGAUUUCAUAUAUGAUUUGCGCAUGAACCACGGGUUCAUCCAGGCAUUGGUCGUCGCCACGUUCGUGUUCGUGGCCUACUUCGGGGCACCGUGGCGGAUGUUGGUUGGUGCGUUUUGUCGUGUCGCCAUCGAAGUUGCUGGUAUCGAAGAGGAUCUGCAUAAGAUCGAGUAUCUUCGCAACCACCUUCAGGGCAUCAUAGAGUGCUACAUGGAAGACGGUGUGAGACUGAUUAGUUGUAGUCAGUUUCUUCUGGCCAUGACCAAUGCGGAUGUGCUGCAGACUCUCCGCGCGUGUGGGACUGACAUUGACGGGCUCAUGACGUUGGUAAGUGUGUUAUUCCCUGAUGAGGAAUCCGUGAUCUCGUUUGACGAGUUGUUCUCUGUCAUAGUGCGCCUCCGUAAAGCAAAGCCCGCCAGCAUUUCCGACAUGUUGGGGCUUCAGGAGUUCACGAAGUUGAAGUUUGAUCUUCUCGAGGAGCAGAUCCUGCGCGAAAUUCGUGACAUCAAGAAGGUGAAGCAUCCACAUGAUUUGAAAAGCAGCAGCACCUUGAGGAGCACCUCAAGGCAGAACCCCUCAAGGGGCACUGAUAUCUCCAGGAUGCGCAGCAUGCUCGAGUCUCAGGGCGAGGUCGUGGUGGUCUCGCCGCAGAGCGCCAGGCCACGCAGUGCCAGCGAUAAGCGGAGGUCGGUUGCCAACAUGAUCCUGAAUCAAUGGACCAGCUGACCAAGGCCGCCGAGACACGAGUGGGGGUCUGAGUACAGUUGCGCUUCAGGGGGGGGCCGUCCCCCUCUCUAUCUCUCUCUCUCUCUCUCUCUGUUUCCCUGUCCUCUUCAGCCUCGCUCCUCCCUCGCCACCUCCGCCUCCCUCUGCCUCGCGCUCCGCCUCCCCCCCUUCUCC